AUGACAUUCCUGCCACAUUUGCCCGCGCUGCAACGAAUUCGUUUGAGCCGGGAGACGUACAGCAAGACCUUUAUCGAUGCCUCAGUGGAGGAAGUCGACUCGCCGCUAGGCGACUGCUCACGUCGCUCCUGCUCGGCGCCUCCGGGCAGAGCUGAAGAGCCCUUCCUGGUCUCGGAAGAGGAGUACCUCAACAACCUCACUGAGAUGCUGAAGGACACAAGCCCAGUCUCAAUGCCAAGCACAGACAUCUCCCCAUGUUUGAUGGCCUUGAGUGAACUGAGCCCUGCUGGACUCGCGGCAUCCCCGGUGUCCCCAGCUGGGGAGGAGGAGCCAACGGCGCCGUCGCCACGGCUCUCCUUGCAACUCCUUCCAAGUCCUGGCACCUUAGGACAUCCAGAGGUUUGCCGACGUCCUUGUAUGCAUUUCCAACUGGGCCAUUGUAUGAAUGGAAGUGAUUGCAACUUUUGCCACGCCGCCCAUCCAGAGAAAGCAGCCAAACUGGACAAGAAGCAGAGAAUGUUGCUGCAAACUUUGAGCAAUCAAGAGUUCAGCGCCAUGAUUCUUCAGUACGUCCAGCAACGUUUGGCACCCGCUUCAGAGGCGGCCAAGGUGGCAGCAGCUGAUCUCAUCGAGUGCCUUCGCGAAAAGGCCGCAGAAGCCUCUUUGCCCACGCUCCUGGAACGGGAGCAAAAGAACCUGCAAAAAACCUUUGCCCGGAUGAACGUGUCCAACCUCAUUGGUGAUGAAGACAGCUACGUUCCACGUAUUUCCAUGGCCAUGGAAAAACUGCGAUGGAACUUUCUGACGGAGGAAAUCUAA